GCGUAGCCAGGCAUCUAUUUUACCGGGCAUAUGCCCGGGCAACUUUUUGCUUUGCCCGCGUAUUUUAGGUGACAUAAAUUCAAGUUCAACGCAUUUCUAUAAACAGUCGGGAACACCGUGAUAGAGGAGUCCCGCCCACGGAACUGUCCCGGAUGCCGACUAAUAUCAAUUCUCAGCGUCUGAUUCGUUGAAUUCGCUCAAUGCAGGAGAAGAUGGAUGCGUCAGAGUCUAACGCUAAGCGUAGAAAGCGAAAGCGACAUACUGUGACUCUGAAUGACUUUUGGGGACCCAAAAGAAUUGAAAACGGUGACAAAACGGGCGAUUCAGACGAUAUGCCUAACAAAAUUCAGCAAGCCAUACCUGAAAGCGCUGAGUCUGCCUACGAAGCCCCGGAUGAUUCUGGUUCUGGAGAAGACAUGGCAAAUACCGAGCCUGGUAAUGCUAGGAGUACUGUGUGUUCAACAUCUUUGGAGAUCAUAUCAAAGUUGGACAUUUCCACGAGGUUUCAGAGCGGCCCUUCCCAACCGGUCUGUCAGUUUCCUUCUAAAAAUUUUGGAAAGGGAAAACACUCAUGUAGAAGAUCGUUUGUUGCCACCUGGUACACAACAUAUCCAUGGUUGGAAUACUCGAUAAAAUUUGACCGAGCCUACUGCUUUGCCUGUCGUCAUUACUGCCUUGGCAGUGCAAGCGGCCGUGCCGACACAGCGUUUACCAGUAUAGGUUUCGGCGACUGGAAGCAUGGUACUGGUAAUAAAGGAGCAUUUCUGAUCCAUGCCAGUUCGGCACAUCACAGGAAUGCUAUGGCAGAAUGGCAUGAGCGGCGACUGGAUGACUGUAACAGCCAGCGUCGACGAGUUGAAGACCUCUUUGCAGAAGAAGAUGAACGCAGGGGCGUACGCAGAGGGGUACAGCACUUAACUUUUCGGCGCGCCUAUUACUGGAUCUACAAGGCCGAGAUGAAGUUUAUGUAA